AUGGAGAACGAGAAGAUUCAAAUCUUGGAUCCCUUUAGGGAUAUAAGCAAAGGAGGGAAGGACAUAGAAGCUCGACACUCUAAGACGAAAGACCAUGUUGCUAGGGCAUUACAGGAGUGCAUGAUGUUUUCCUUUCCAGAUUGGAAACGUGAUAUUUCAAUCUGGCAGCAUGAGUUCCCCACAAAUAUUCCAGCAAUUACUAACAGGAUGGAAACUGCUUUCCAUGUACUGAGUUACAUGAAAAAUUGGGAUGCAAGAUCCUUGGUCAACCCACUACCCUAUGAUUCAAGAGAGGCACGGAAGGACUUUCUCGCGAACCUCCUAUCCUUCAAGACUAACGAAGCAAUAAUCCCAGAGAGUGUCGACCGGCUGGUGAAAGCACUCAGGAGAAAUUAA